CAUUCAGUAUGACUGAUGUCUGUUCAAUGUGUUUUCUUCAUAAAGCCCAACAGCAGCACAGAUACUCUGCAGUCUAUCACAUCAGGAGACUGGGACGUCACGCAGGUUCUUGCGUAUGAUGAGUACAGCCAGUUAAUAUAUUUCCUCAGCACUGAGGAUGACCCUAAAAGAAGACAUCUCUACAGCGCAGACACGGUAGGCACCUUCAACCGCCGCUGUUUGUCCUGUGAUUUCACUGACAGCUGUGGGUAUGUCAGUGGCCUCUUCAGUCCCAGCAUAGACUACUUCCUGCUCAACUGUAAAGGUCCUGAUGUUCCGUAUGUGUCGGUUUACAGCACCCAUGACAGACAGAAGGUGCGUGACAUCGAGUUGAAUCUGAACUUGAGGAGAAUGGUGAACUCGAUGCAGAUGCCGAAAGUGGAAUACAGAGAAAUAAACAUAGAGGAUUACAGCCUCAGUAUGCAGAUCCUGAAACCUGCAGGCUUCAUAGACACCUCACACUACCCACUUUUGCUCCUUGUGUGAGUAAAUAUCAAUAUCUGCAACAUUUUCUUCAUUUCCUUACAAGUCCUUUGCCUUUCCACACAACA